AAGGAAGAAGAGUAAAAGACGAAAGACGUGUAUUAUUUGGAUUAAUUUUAAUAAAAAACUGAAUAAAAGCCGAUUAAAUCUAAAAGCCAGUAUUUUCAAUACCACAAUUGGGGGCUCGGCCGCGAUUUAAACCUAAAAAUAUCAGAUUGGCAAGAUUUAUUUGGCGAAAUUCAAAAUUCUAAAUACGGUGUAGCGGCCAUUUUUGGAGAUUGGCCGUGGAAAAGACGGGAAGACGACGGGGGCAAUUUUUUUAAAGACGAUUAAAAAUUGCACCACUACGACGACGACGACGACGCCACGACGGUGAAAACCAAAAAAAAAAAAAAAACUCCUCAUGUACGACGACGGAGAACGUGGGGACUCAAGGAAAACGACGACGAGGACGACGAGGACGGGGGCGGCAGCAGCGGCAACGGCGGGGUGUUCAGCAAACAUGAUGAACUACGCGGAGGAGCUGGUGCCGAAAUUCAGCGGGCAGGACAGAAUGUACGUGGCCUCGCGAUGGGUGGAAGACGUAGAAGAUAACGCUGAGAUCUUCGGAUGGUCUGCGUUACAACAGCUGGUGGUGGCCCGUAGAUCACUGACGGGGACGGCGGCGCUAUGGCUUCGGGCUGAAAAGCCAUUCAAAACAUGGGACGCGCUGAAGUCGGCGAUACUAAAGGAGUUCCCAGGUACGGUGGAUGGGAAGGCCAUUCAUGAAAUCAUGAGUGCUAGAAAGAAGCAGCAAGGUGAGAGCUGUAUAGACUACCUCCUAGUGAUGAAGGAGCUAGCAAAAAGAGGAGAACUAGCUGACAGUGUGGCCAUACAAUACAUUAUCGACGGCAUAGUGGACGCGGAGAAUAAUAAAAUUAUGCUCUACGGCGCUACAACCUACAGUGAGUUGAAAGAUAAGUUGAGAAUAUAUGAAACUGUGAAAGAGAAGAUGAAGACGCCGCAAGUGCAGCACAGAAGAUGGCAACCUAGACCUAGAGAAGCUGAAAAGAGUGACAGGAGAAAAUGCUACAGUUGUGGAGAAACCAGUCAUAUUUCCCCUGAGUGUCCACAUAAAAACAGAGGGAUGAAGUGCUUUAAAUGCAACUCAUUUGGUCAUAUCUCAUCAGAAUGUCAACAACAACCAAAACACGAUGAAGUUCGCAGCGGUAGUGGGGUUCGCAAAUCAACAACAAUGGCGGCGGGUGCAACCAACGAUGUAAAUUUUCGUCCAACGAUGCGUUCGGAAAGAAGUUCCCAACAACAGCCGACGACAUCACGUCAAACGUUGUGCACCGUUGACUCACUCAAUGAAUGUGAAUGUGUGAACGAGAACGAUGAAAGAUGUCAAUGUCAACGUCAACAACAAACAAUCAUGUCGAUGCAGAACGCCGAUGCUAUGAUAAAUAAGACGAAUAAAGACGAAACCAAGGAUAAAGAGGAUAUUAAAAGGCACAUGACAAUGGUGGAAAUACGCGGAAAAGAAGUGAAGGCUCUGAUUGAUUCCGGAAGCGACGUCAACGUGAUCUCUAUGGACGUGUACCAACAGAUCGGUUCACCAGAGUGUUUCGACGACAAUAAGAUAUACACAGGACUUGGCUCGCAAGUGAAAUCAGUCGGACAGUGCUUGUUAAGUGUGAUGGUGAAUGGACAAGAAUAUAAGGACGUUAGUUUUGUAAUUAUGGACACUAAGGACGUACCACACUCGAUGAUUUUAGGCAAUCCUUUUCUAAAGAAUGUAACGUGUGUUUUAAAUGACGGUAAGGUGAUGUUGUUGCCAAUCAACGAGGAUUGGUGGGCUAAUUUACUUUGUGUUAUUUCAGAUGAGACAAUACCGGCAAAUAUAGGGUAUCAGGUGGACAAGGAGCUUAAACAAAGGGUGGAGAAGUUGGUGAAAUCCUAUGAACCAAGGAAGACUAAGGAGGCGAAUGUGGAACUACAUCUCAUUCUGAAGGAUCGGAUACCAGUUGCUCAGCGACCGAGACGGUUAGCUUUUAAGGAGAAACAAGAAGUAGAAAAGCAAGUAAAACAGUGGUUAGAUGAUGGAAUAGUACAGCUGGGAGUGAAGCCGAGGCAGUAGACAGAUUGAAAGAAGUUCUUCAGAUAGCAUCUGAGUAUGGAUUAAAUGUGAAUUGGAAGAAGUCCCAAUUGAUUGUACGACGAGUAGAAUAUCUUGGGCAUAUAAUUGAAGACGG